AUGGCCCUGCCGCGGGCGCCCAGCCUGGCGCAGGGGGCCGCGGGGGGCCCCGCCGCGGCGCACGUCGUGGGCGCCGAGGCGCGCCGGGCGCACGAGGCGAACCCGGGCAUCGUCCCGCUGAGCGACGUGCUCUCGGACACGGAGGCGCCCCCCCGCAGCUUCGUCACGUACAGGGGCGGCUCCAAGGAGUACGUGCCGGAGGACGUCCUCGCGGGCAAGGUGGUCGGGCUGCUCUUUGGCGGCAACGGUCCGUUCUGCUGCGGCUUUGUCCGUGGCUUUGCGAAGGUCUAUAAAGUGGUCCGAAAAUCGGACAGCGACCCUUUCGAGGUCGUCUACGUCUCUGCAGACUCGAGCCGGAGGGAGUUCAACCGGUUCGUGAAGACAAUGCCGUGGCUCGCCCUGCCCUUUCGGGACAAUUCCGCCCUGUUCUCGCGCUACGGCGUGCCGCUCGAUGUGCGCUCGUGGCCGCGACUGGUUAUCGUGGCGCCGGACAACCAGGUGAUGUUCGAAGACGCCACGCCAGUUGCCAAGAUGUGCAUACAGGAGAAGAAGCCUGACGCCUUCGGCACUCUCCUCGCAGGAGCGUGGAACGAGACUCGCCUUUUCAGAAGAUUCACAGACCUGUUCGGAGGCGGCUGA